AUGGGAGGUGUGGCGGGUGUUCGCCCCACCGAGGUGGUUAUUAUAGGUGCAGGAACCGCAGGAGAAUAUGCAGCCAAAUCGGCUUUGGGACUGGGGGCCACCGUAAAGGUUUUCGAUUAUUCAUCCCAUCGGUUAAGGGCCAUUCAAGACCACGUUGGACAGCGCAUUUCUACAUCGUUUAUCGAGCCCAAAGAGUUAUCUAAAUCGUUAAUGCGAUGCGAUGUGGCCAUAGGCGCUCUUUACCAUCAGGGACGAAUGCCCAAUGUGGUUUCAGAGGCCAUGGUCACUAGGAUGAAAUCGGGAUCGGUGGUGGUGGAUUUAAGCAUCAAUCAUGGAGGGUGUUUUGAGACAUCCGAAAUGACCACCCAUGAAAAUCCAACG